AUGGCAGAGAAAGGGAAGCGUUGUUCAGAAGUUUACAACAUUUCCAACAAACUUCAGAGUCGUGAGAUUGGUAACAGAUGGGCCAUAAGAAAUGCUCAUUCUAGGAUCAAGUUCCGCAAUUUUCAGUUGCAGGAAAAGUUUGAUACAAAUCAACCAUCCAAGAUUGUACAAAUACUUUCAGCUCGCAGUAUUAUAAUUGCUUUGGCACGAUCAGGUCUUUGUACUGCAUUUGAUAGACACACAAAUAAAAGGCUUUGCUACUUGAAUUUAAAUCCACAUGAACAGAUUCGAAGGCUGUACUAUAACAAGGAAAAUAAUUCUCUCAUCACAAUGUCAGAUCCUGCUCCCGAUAGAUUCUCAAACAAGUACAGAACAACCUCACUUGAGUACAUUAGAAGAGCUCAACCAGAUGGUGGCUUUGCUUUGUUUGAGGGUGAAAAGCUCUUAAUGCUCGAUAGUAUCAAUGGGAAAGCAAUUACUUUUUCAGCUCAAGAUCAUACUUACAAGGUGUUCGAUUUGAAGAACUAUACAGUCCUGUACUCCAUAUCUGACAAAGAAAUUGAAGAUAUAAAGAUUACUUCUGGUAUGAUGCUCUUAAUAUCAAAAAGAACUACUUGUGGAAGCAGUCUUCCUCUGAAGAUCUUAUCUAUAGAGGAUGGCAAAGUUUUGAAAUCUUUUCAUCAUGCAUUACUACCCAAUAAAAAGGUACAUUUUGUUGAGUUGUUGCAUGGCAAGAUACUCCUAGAACAAGAGAAUGAAUGCCUGCAACUGAUUGAUAUUCAGAGUGAAAAGAUGAUUGAAUUGAGCAAAGAGUUUAAGAAGGCUAAGAUGAUUAUUUUCUUGAAUAGGAAAGGAUUAUUCAUGGGAUUUCACAGUGAUACUGUUUUUGUAUGGAAUUCGCAAGGAAAGCUGAUUGCAUCUUACAGAAACCACUUUCUACGGCUUUCUGGUUUUAAAAAAUGUUUCGUUAAGUUGAGUAGUGAUGAAGAGCUGCUCAUUUCUUACAACAAUGUCGGCGAGGCUGAUAAAACAAAAUGCUCAAUAAACAUUAUCAACAUCUUGACUGGAGAUUGGUUUGCUAAGAUUGGUGGUGAUGACCCAGAUAUGGUUACAAAUUGCAGGAAUCGACCUAAUCUAUCAGUAACCCGAAGCACCAUUCAAGAUGCUCUUGAAGACAUAACUGCAUUGUUCUAUGACGAGGACACAAAUGAAAUUUAUACAGGCGAUACAAGAGGCUUUGUACAUGUCUGGUCAAAUUGA